AUGUCAGAAGAACAACAAACCUUACCAGACAGCAACACCAAGCUCAUCAACAAGGUUGCUGACGUGGAAGACCAAGAAGAAGACUCACAAGUCGAAUUGGUUGAUACUGAUGGCAAUGACGACGAUGAAUAUGAUGAAGAUGAAUAUGAAGAAGAGGAAGAUGGUGAAUAUGUGGAUGGUGACGAAUACGAAGAAGAGGAAGAUGAUGAGGACGGUAAUGACAACCGUGACGAUGCAACUCCAACUGUCAUUCGCAAAACAAGCUCGCGAGGCAAUAGCUCCAACAAUAACACUUCUCAACAACAAUUCCUUCAACAAUCCGAAAAGACUAAGGCCCAUACUUCUCUGAUGCAACGAUUAUUCGCUUCGACUCGCAACCAAAAUCCAACAAAAUCUCCCAAAAAGAAUAAUAAGAACAAAAAGAACAAGCAAACAUCCUCUUCGUCUUUGGGCGUUCCACGACCUCAAGGAAUUCGUGACAGUAUUCAUCUCACCAAGUUUGAAAUCGAAGACGAUGACAUUAUUGACUUUGGAAAGCCACUCACUUCUGAAGUCACUAGUUCCAAUAUAAGCAAAAACAAAAUUGAAUCGUCCAAUAGUUUAAUACAUUCAAGUGGAGAUCCAAUCGACAAUGAUGAAGAACCUCUCCAACAACGUCUUCCUUCUUCUCCUCCCAUUAUUAUUACAUCCUCAAAUACAGUGAAUGUUGCAGAACGAAAGACAACACCUCCUCGAACCUCCAAUCAACCUCAAGAAGAAGUCAUUCUCAUUGAGGAAGAGAGUCCAAAGAAAGCAUUUACAACCACAACUUCCAACAAGGAUCAUCCUCUAAACACCAAAGGGGAAGGUCAUACUACUUUCUCAUUACUAGAUGAACCAAAGGUGUUGAAAGAAGAAUUGUCAUUCUAUCAGAGAUGGUUCAAUUUCUCCUCUCCAAAGACAUCCAACACUCCUAAAUUGGUGGAGUCUGCAGAGAGCAACAACAUGAUCGAUCAGAAAGAGGUUCCAAGAAAAUCCAUCCAACAUGUGAAAUCUUACAAGAUUGCAAUUCUUGGUGAGGAUAUUCAUGAAUCUCUUAUAGCAGCUGAAUUCUUAAUGGAUAACAUGGUACCUCCUAAUUUUGGUUCCUCUCCUUCACAACAAGUAGGAGUAGUCAACAAUGCUGCCUCCUCGUCAUUUACUUCACCAAUGAAUGAUCAAUCUGAAAGAAGAGUUUCAGAAAGUCAAUCCAUGAAACAACUCUUUGAAUACCAAGGUCAACACUAUGAAUUGGAAUUGUUCUUCUAUGAUAUUUAUGAUCAAUUUGUGAACAUUAUAGAUCAAUGUCUCAAAGAGUGUGACGGAUUUCUUAUUGUCUAUAAUGUUUGUGUUCGAAAUAGUUUCAACCAAAUUGAUAUAUUAUAUGAGAAAUUGUAUAAAGCCAAACAAGGAGGAACGAUUGCGUUGGUGUUGGUCGGUGUCGAAUCUUCUUGCCCCACUUUCAAUAGCCGAAGAAGUGCUGUGGAAAGAAGACAUUCCUUGUUGAGCACAGACAACAUGGAUGGAAAUCAAAGCUAUUCUUUAAGACCUUCCAUUGCUUCGAACAAUGUCAAUAACAACAAUACCUCAACAACUCCCGGUAGCGGAAAUAUCAAUACACCAACUGGCUCACAAAAUAAGGAUAUUGACAAAGAAGCGUUUUCACAGAAUGGAAUGGCGGUUUUAGAGCAACCAAGAGGAUCGGUGGCCUCCUCAUCAUACUCUAGCGGAGGUGGAGCUGCCACUCACCAUUCAGUCAUUCUCAGAACUGCCACUUCCCUUCCUGCUACUGAAAGAGUGGUGUCAAAGAGAGAAGGUCUCAAGAAAGCUCUUGAAUAUUAUGUUCCUUAUAUUGAAAUGCAUGGAGCAGAGUUGGCUCAGUUUAGAAAGCAGAAAGUCAGAGAAAUAUUCCAUGAAUUGUUGAAGGAGAUUUCGUAUGGUGGUAAUUUAAGGUUUAGUGCUGUCAAACCCAAGACAAUUGAGGUAUCAGAGAAUGCCUUAAUGACUGAUGGAAAUAUGGAUGAGUCACAAGGAGUGAUCAUGAAUCAAAUAGAAGCUCCUUCUGAACCAACUCAAUCUGCUGGAUUACUCCAUUCAUUGAAACUUCUGUUCAAUAGUCUCAAUGUGAAUGGAUAUUGUCUUACGCAACCUAUUGGUAGUGAAAAUGAGCUGAGACAAAUAGAGUUCUUGAUUGAUCAUUUUGAAUCUAACCAAAUCACUUGUCAGGUCAUUGAAGCUUGUCUUAAAAGAUUUGACUUUAGAAAUGUCAAAAUGAAAUUGAGGCAGAAAAUCAUUCCUAGAAAUGUUCAGCAAAUCCUUUCUUUCCUUUUUGACAUUCCAUUGAGCAAGAUGAGUGUGUUGCAGUCUCUGAUCCAAGGAGAGCCCAAUCAAAUCGAAAUCAAUGAAAGAUUAGUAUUCGCCAUCUUCAUUGCGACAUACGCCAAGCAUUUGUACACUGAACAAAACUAUGAACUCUAUGACAAAACCUUCAUGGUCACAUUGGAAGAGGAGUGGUAUUUUGUGAAUAACUUGAAUCAAAUUUUCCAAGAGGUAAAGAAGAAAUACAAAGACUAUACCACUUUGGACUCCUUUGUCGAAGAUCAAGUCAUUAGAAUGGUUGAAUGGAUGGAAAAAAGAAUUCGUCUCAGAAGAGGAAAUGAAAUUGAAAUGCUUAUGAAGUUUUUGCUCCUCAGUGUGACGUCUCAAGAAGACCAUUAUGGCUUUGAGAAACGUGUUAAAACAUACGUACUAGGAAUUAGAUACUUGGUUCUCAAAAAGAUAGCCGAUAAUCAUAAUGGAAGGCUCUACAAAGCUGUAAAGGUGAAAGCAAACAGAAUGUGCGCAUUGAAACAGCUUGCCAAUAUUUCUAAGGCAGAUUUGUUUGAGAUUGGAUCAGGUAUUGAGAGUGGUAUUCUGUUUGACAAGCAUGACAAUGUAAUGACUUUCUCUGAUUAUACCAUUCGAAGAUAUCUUGCCAACAAGUAUGAAAUAUUCAUUGAGUUGCCAUUCAUGAAUGGAGGUAAUUUAGAAAGGAAAAUUGAACAAUCCAUCAAGAAAAAUAAGUACAUCAACUACAUUGAGGUUUUGGAUAUUGCUUUGCAAAGUGCAAGAGGUUUGAAUCACUUGCAUGAAAGAGGCAUUGUUUUUCCCACUUUGAAACCAGAGAAGAUUCUGUUGAGUUAUAAUUCAGAUGAGAAAUAUGAGAAACACAAAAAGUCUCAACAGAGAAAUGAUGGUGGCAAUACUCCUUCUACAUCUUCAAGCUUCAAAUAUGGUAGAAUAAUGGAAGAAAAAUUCAGUGAAAUACCAAUCAUUGACAAUUAUAUCAAAAAGGAGCUCUCCAAGUAUGGAAAGAACAAAAUGAUGCCAUCAUCUUCAAAAAUGAGCGAGAAUAACACUGCUAGUCAAUCAGGAAGCAACUCUCAACUCAAAUCGCUAAUCAUUAGGGCUCUAGAAGAUUCAACAUCCAUUCUUGAAGAGGAUUUUCAAUCCAAUUUGAAUGUUAAACUAACCGAUUGGUUUAAACCUUGGGACUUUACAACAAAUGACUAUGUCAUUAAGAAUAGAAAAGUUAUGGAUACUUAUUCUCAGAAUAAGAACAAAAGGCCUGGGCAAGAUUUUGAAGAUGUCUCAUAUUCAGUUCCAACCUCACACUCCUCUUUCAGAAAGCAAAUGGCUUUGAAUGAAAUUUCAUCAAACAACUCAACCAUCUAUUGUGGAGAUAUCGAAAGCUACUUGGAUCAAAAGGAUGAUAUUUUCAGAUUGGGAUGUGUUUUCUAUCAGCUUAUUACAAGAGAAAGUUUCUUAAAGAUGGGGCCACUCAAUGUUCCCCAAAAACCUCCCUUUGUAGAACCAUCUCAAUCUAACCGAUCAAGUGUCACAACAAACACAGUGGUGGUUAACAAUGUUAGUACCAACAACAGCCAUUCUGAGAAACAAACCAUGUCAUUUACAAGACAUGAUUUUGGAAUGCUAUCGCUUGAUGAAAGUGUUGCACUCAACGAGACUUUGGCUCAUCAAAUUAUUGCAUCCAAAAUUCACAUGAGUCUUCUCAAGAGUGAAGCAAUUCUCAUCCUUCACACCGCAGUACCACAGACGGGUUCUGAGUUGUCUCCUUCAACCUCAACAAGUGGGGAACAUGAUGCAAACAGCGAGAGAACUGUCCUUAUGCAUCAACACAACCUUGACUCUCAAGCUAAUCGACAAACUGGCUCAACCGUUGUUGUUCACACUCCUAGCUCAACUGCUCCCAAGGCACUCUGUUCAAGAACCAAUGAGAACCUCUUGAUUGCUCUGAUUCAAUCCAUGUUGAAGAAGAAUCCAACACAAAGGCCCUCUCUAGCUCGUGUCAUCCUCAUUCUCGAAGUGUUAAUCAAAUAUUCUGAUAUUGGAGAUGAGAUUUUAGCGGUGCUCAUGCCCAACGAACAUCAUUCAGAGCGAUCCUCAAAACAGAAUAGAGUCAUGUACAGUGACAUGUCAUAUACUGUUUCUCCUCAAUCAACAUCUCCAUCUUCAAUGACGCCAAUUACAACCUCGAAGGCAUCAAAUUUCUUGCAACAGCCAGCUAGCACUGGUUUGUCAGUAUCUCCAGUGUCAUCCAUGACCUCGCAGAGUAAUGACGACCAUAAUAUGGAAAUUAACCACCUUAUUCCACAAAAUUCUGAGGUAAAAACAGAAAUGACCAUUACAGAUAAGUAUUUGGAAAUACCUGUUAAUGUGAAUCAACCCAACCAAUCAGUUGCUUCGUUUUCCACUUCAACCUUCGCACAAGAAGAGUGA